AUGGCUCAGGUAGAAUCACUAAAACUUGAACGCACAACCUUCAAGUCGAGAAUCACAAGACGCAACAAUUGGAAUCAAUCGGACGGACUCACAGCAACUGUUGAACUCAUGGAAGAGAAAUUAAAAACCAUGCGAGAAAAGUUCGUAGCAGCGCUGAGACAUUUGAUAGGUUCCAGAACUCAGCCUGCCCCACAAGCAUCACAACAGCAUCAGGUAUCAGCUAGUUAUCCUUCACCUUUCAAUAUGAGACUACCAGAAAUUCCUCUGAAUAAAUUCGAUGGUAGUUUCGAAAAAUAUCGAGAAUUGAAGGACCAAUUUAAUGCUCGUCUCCUCAGGAGCAUUGACAAGGUAAUCAGACUCCAGUAUCUCCAAUCUUUGGUAAUUGGAGAAGCCCAUCAAGUGAUCGAAGCGUUAGAGACCAUUGCAGAGAACUAUGGAGCGGCCUGGGCCUUACUCGACAAGAAAUACGACAUUCCCAGGCAAGACCUUCGACGUCAUUGCUCUCUACUUCUCAAUGUAGGGAAAAGAAGUAAAGAGAGUAAUAAAUCAUUGACUGACCUCGUGAACUUUCUGGACGAUGAUCGCGUGUUUCAGUGGGAGACGCACAUUGAAGGAAAUGACAUGCCGAAGUACGAGCAACUGCUCGAUUUUCUCGAAAAACGGGGAAUCUGUGCUAAAAGCAGUGCCGAAUCAUCUAGGCACAACAAACAAAGGAAUGACCAACGAUCAAAGAAAUACUCACAGUCAAGGCCAUCAAGCAUCACAGCAUCUCCCCAGUUAUCUACAUCGAAGGCACAAACUUCUUUCACCAACACUCCCAGGAAGUGCCCUAUCUGCGAUCAAGACCACAGGAUAUACGAGUGUCCCAAGCUUAAUGCAAUCAAUGUUGACUAUCGUGUAAAACUCAUAUUCAAGCAAGGACGUUGCCUCAACUGCCUCUCAAGAGGACAUGGAGUUAAGGAAUAUACCUCAAAGGGUUUCUGCAGGAUAUGCAAUGAUUCUACCGCACGACACCAUUCAUUGCUCCAUCGUGACGUUGACUCUUUCUCAGUGCCGCAGACACCUAACCCAUGA